UACCUUAAUUAUUUAAUAUCAUUAACAGCAAUUAUACCAUAAGAAAAGAGAUUUUAUGUAACAGAUUAAUAAACAGAAAAACAAGACGCUAUGGCUACAGAGAAGCUGAAUCAAAAUAAAAAGAGAACUAUACAAAAGGAGGAUCAGAUCCAAGCCAAACGUGCCAAAAAAAAGAAUGAUACCUCCUCGUUUGCUGAUGACGAGCAAGUUGCAGGAAAAAUCACACGUAUAUUUAUGAAGAAUUUUAUGUGUCAUGAUGCAAUGGAAGUAAAUCUUAAUCACAGAGUAAACUUUAUUGUUGGAGUUAAUGGUAGUGGAAAAAGUGCGAUACUUACCGCUUUAACUAUAGGGUUGGGUGCAAGAGCCAAAGCAACUGAUAGAGGGCCGUCAAUUAAAGAAUUUAUUAAAAAAGGAAAAAACUCUGGAAUGAUACAAAUUACAAUUUCAAAUGAUGGUCCCAUGGCUUAUAAGUAUGAAACUUAUGGAAAUUCUAUUACAAUAAUUCGUCAUAUAAAUACAAAUUCUUCUUAUAAAAUUAAAAAUUGGAAAGGUGAUUUAAUUUCUACAAAAAAGGAAGAAUUACAUAAUAUUGUUAACUUUUUAAAUAUUCAAGUAGAUAAUCCGAUCUCAGUAUUAAAUCAAGAUGUAUCCAGAUCAUUUUUAGUAACUGCUGAAUCUCAAGAUAAAUAUAAAUUAUUCAUGAGAGCUACUAGAUUAGAUAUUAUUGGUAAUAAUUAUAAAGAGGCUAUAAUAUCCAGUGAAAAUGCUCGAUUGCGUUUACAAGAAGCUCAAAAAUAUCUGAAUGAAAAUAGAAAAGAAAUAACUGAACUUAAAAAAAAAUUAAAAGCACUUGAAUCCUUAGAAGAUAUAAAAAAAGAAUAUGAAAAUCUUCAGAAAGAACUGCAUUGGGCAACAGUUAUUCAAGAAGAGAAUAUUUUACUGCAAAUAAAUACUAGAUUAAAGGAUGAAGAAGAUAAUAUUAAAAAAUUCGAAAAUCUUGAAUCCACAAAAAUAACAAAAGAACAAGAAAUAAAUUUAAAAAUUGAAGAUCUGAAGAAAGAAAUAAGGAAAUUUGAAAACGAAGCAUCAGAUAGUAAUGUAAGAUUAAACGAUAUAAAAAUAGAUCACUUAAAAGCUAAGAAAACUUACGAUGAAAAAAAAGAAAAUAUAAGAAUUUUUCAUGCUAGCAUAAAAAGAAAAGAAAAUGAUAUAAUUACUUUACAAAAUGAAAUUAAAAAAUUAGAAAGAGAAAAUAGUGCCGCCGGAGAUAAAAAACAAGAAGCAAAACAAAAAAUGAAUGAAAGUGAACAACAACUCGAUGAGGUAGAAGCAAUGUUAAGGACAAAACAAACUGAUCUUAUGCAUUUAGAAGAAAAUAAAAGACGCAUUGAACAAAAGGGGCAAAAAUUUAGAAUUGAAAUUGAACAAAAACGGAGUGCACUUUAUAAACUUAAGCAGAGGUUAAAUGCUUUUAAAAAUCAACCUAAUGAUGAAUUCACUAUUUACGGUCCAAAUAUGCCGCGUCUUCUUGCAAGAAUUGAAGAAGCACAUACUAGAGGAAAAUUCAAACAAAAACCUCUUGGUCCACUUGGCUCAUUUAUUAAAUUGAAAGAUUCUAGUUGGAUUCCAGCUAUAGAAAAUUAUUUAGGAUUUGGAACAAUAACUGCAUUUUGUGUAGAUAAUAGUCAGGAUGGACAAAUUUUAAAUAGAAUAAUAAAAGAAGUAUUUCAAACUGAACGUCCACCACAAAUAAUAAUUAGUAAAUUUUUUGAUCAUAUGCACAAUGUAGAAGAUGGUUGCACUAAUUCACCAAAGUACUCGAACCUUUUAGAUGCUAUGGAAAUAUCUCACCCAGUAAUUGCAAACUCUUUAAUUGAUCAAAGAGAAAUUGAAUGCAUACUGUUAAUACCUACAUCGAAUGAAGCAUGUACUGUGAUGUCAAAUGUCAUUAAAGUUCCACAAAACUGUAAACGAGCAAUCACAAAGAAUUCAGAUUUAUUUUAUCCUGAUCCAAAUUAUCGAAUUUACGGUGGCAGUGUUUCUAAAGCAAAAUAUUUACAAGUAUCAACAAAUGAAGCCAUACAAUCUUUGCAAGAAGAAAUAGGUAUUGUGGAAAAUGAAUUAAAAAUGAUUCAAAAUACAUUUAAUGAUGUUCAUGAAUCUAUGAAAACUAAUCAAAUAGAGCUGCAAGAAGUUCAACAUAAAGUAAAAACAUUAUUGCAUCAACAACAACAACUGAAAAGCAAAAUAGAAGAAUUCAAAGAAAUAUACGAAACUUGUAAUAAUAAUACUAUAAAUACUUUUAUAGCCGAAGUUGAAGAACUUCAAAGACAAGUUGUACAAAAAAAGGAACAAGAAAGCCAUAUGAUAACAGAAUUUCGUGAAUCUAAAACAAAUUUCGAAACAAUAACUUCUGAAUUGAAAAAUCUUCGCGAUCUUGCGCAAAAUCUAGAUACAAAAUUGAAUCCAAUUAAGGAAAAAAUAAAAGAAUUAGAAUAUGAAAAAAGUAGAUUAAGUGUUUCCAAUCAAGGUGCAACAAGAAGAAUGAAAGAAGCUCAGCAAUCUCUGCAAAAAUUACAUUGUGAACAGCAACAACAAGAACGAGUUGUUAACUCAAAAAUUGAAAUAGCUGAAAAAAUUUGCCUCAGAGUAAAUACACAGAAGACUAUUUCUGAAAUAAAUACUCGAACUAAAGAGUUAAAACUAACAAUUGAAACCAUAGAAAAGCAGCAUGGAACAAAAGAUGUUUUAAGUAAAAAAUUACAGGAAAAGGAAGAAAAGUAUGAAGGUGUUCAUGAAUUUGCUAUAGAACUUACUACGAGUAAUGAUAGACAGCUCGAACGGCUAAGAAAUCGUAAAUUAUUUUAUAACGAAAUGAAAAAACAAAUUGGUGAACGAGUACAACAGUCUUUCGUGAAUGUAUUAUCUCUCAGAAAUUAUAAAGGACAAAUAACGAUAGAUCAUCAAAAACGAGAACUACUUUUAGAAGUAUCUCCUGUUAAUGAUGUUAAACGAUCAACGAAUGAUGCUAAAGCCUUAUCAGGUGGUGAACGAUCAUAUUCUACCGUAGCUUUCAUAUUGGCCUUGUGGGAUAGUACUGGAUUACCAUUUUAUUUUUUAGAUGAAUUUGACGUCUUUAUGGACAAAAUAAAUCGACGAAUGAUUAUGGACAUCCUUUUAGGUCAUGCACAAUCUCAUCCGCAAAGUCAGUUUGCAUUCUUAACUCCUUUAGAUACUUCACAUAUUGUAGCAGAUGAUAAAAUUACUAUUCAUCGAUUAGCACCUCCAGAGAGAUCUACAUAAAAGUAUUAAGUUAAACUACUUUUAAGAUUUUUUCUUAUAAAAGUUUAGUUUUAA